AUGGCGGCGGCAGGCUCGCCGGCCACGCCAGCACACCCACCGGAAGAACCCCAACCCCCCGACUUUGCGAGCGGCAUCCGCCGAUUCCCUGAAAUCUCAUCGUCUCCGGAUGGCAAGAAGGACAGGGAAGCGCAGCAGGCAAAAAAGCGAGUUCGGCCGCUAGAAUUCAAUAAAGACAAUGCAGGCUUGGAAGAUGUGAUCGUUGAGGAUAUUACGGAGGAAGAAGAGCAAGAGGAUAUGAGCCCGGAAGCCUGA